CGCAAACACACACACACACACACAUACAUACAGACACGGGUCGAUAAAGCGGAAUGGAGACUUCUGUCUGGGAUGGAUGCGGUUUCCUGGGAAAUAGUAAGGUGUCAGGCUCACAGAUGUUGAAGCCAGAACACCCUCACUCCACCUGACGAGGCUGCACAAAUGAACCACAAAAAAGAGCGAUCUGCUGGAUAAACACGCGCGCUGGAUAUACUAAAAGGGAAGGGAGGAAUGUUACAGUAGAUUGGGCUGGAAUUCUUGUAGGUGAGGCAUGUUAUUUCUCAGCCAAGGAGCUCGAAUGGGAUAUAUGUAUGUCUUCAGAGAGAAAAAAAAAAGUGUGUAAGUUGAUAUGAGUCUAGCAAUAUGGAUAUUGAUUAAACGAACAUAUUAUAUCUUGAAAUGUUCCUAGCCUCUAUAACUUGUGCGUGGGUGAAACUGUGAUCUGCCAGGUAUGAAACGUAGGAGAUUAAGCUGAUUAAUGAAAGAUAAGUUGAGAAGUUUGUAGAGCAAAGAGAAAUUCAGCGUUAGAAAUAAUCACCAAGAGAAAAGAGUGAUGUGAAUGAGCGAAUGAACCGAAAUUUAAGAUUUAUGAAUAACACUACACCAAAAAACUGAGAUGGCGGUGGUGGUGCUGGUGGUUUUGAUGACACUGGUGGCAGCAAGAAUGUUAAAUGAAUGCAUAAAGCUACAUGUUCGCGAUUCACUGACACAAGCCACACAUUUUCGAGAGCCUCCACUCUACAGCUCUGCCGCCCCUCUUCUAGACGCUCCUGCUCACGUCCCCCGCCAUGCUGACCCUCCCACCUCCCUUCACGUCGGCUGUUCCCCGCAUCAGGGCCGCCUCCCCGCCAGUGUGCAACAGGUGGUUGUCCUGGUGGGUGUGCAAGCUUUCCAGUCCCCAAGUGCUGUCAUCUCACCACCUGUUUCUUUCCUCUCAGCCCUCCUACACCUCUCAUUGUUCUCCCAGAGGCUGCAAUUCAUCGUAGGGUGAAUGAUGAGGGAGACAAAUGCAUCAAAGUAAACACUUCAGAGCGUGAAGCAAGAGUUGGUGGCUGUGAUGUGCUGAUGAAGAUUUUCUUCAUCAUUCUUCAAAACUCCGCAGUUAGCGAAACAUGAGGACAACGGGCGUAGAGUUCAUGGCAGUGAUGUGCUGACUGUGCCCGCUUCUGUCAUUGUUCGACUAUUCCCAUUGGUGUUUACUGAAGAGGCAAGCAGAGAUCGCCUCGCUCGCCUCCUCUAAGACUGGUGAAGGAAAAUUCAAGUAAACGAAAGUUAAUGGACUGGAGGUCGAACAAAAAAGCCAUGAGUCUCAAACGUUCCUGAGACACACUCCUUUGACUACGAGGUGAAUUAUAAUACAUAUAAAACCGAAAUACAAAUACACAGACAAUAUCAAAGAGUGCGCUAACAGAAUCAAGCUGGCAAAUUUUCGUUAGAAGACUUUAGCAUGACGUCUAAGGUGUGAAGAGGCUGAACGAGCAGUAACCAAUCCACACCAAGAUGACAGGAGACUCUCCGCUUCUGAGAAAUUUAAGCCCCGAUCACCUAGCGUGUUUUGAGGCCCGGAUACGAGAGAGCCAACGUGUGGGGGCAGCAGACGGUGAUGGCGGCGUGCUGUGCCCCGUGGUGUGGGACGGCAUCACUUGCUGGCUGGCCACGCCCCAAGACACCACAGUAUUCCUUCCCUGCAUGGCCACCCUCAACGGAGUUCCUUAUGACAUCACCAAGAACGUGAGCCGCGUGUGUGGCCUAGGCGGGGAGUGGAGGCCGAGUGAUUACAACGCCUGUCUGCCGCUGCUGCCCGAACACGGCGGGGUGCAGCGCGCGGCAGCUGUGGACAACUUGGCCACCAUCCACCAGCUCGGGUUCGGCCUUUCCGCAGCUGCCCUUACCAUCGGCCUGUACAUCUUCAUUCGACUCAAGGACCUGCGGUGUUUGCGGAACACAUUACACAUAAACCUCAUGCUCACCUAUCUCAUGGUCGGUCUCACUUGGCUCCUGGCAGCGUCAGCACAGGUGAUCGAGACGGAUGUUGGAGGCCCAAUAUUCUGCACCCUGUUCCUUCUCCAUCUCUUGUUUCACGUCGCAAAUUUCUCGUGGAUGUUUGUGGAAGGUUUGUACCUCUACCUGUUGGUGCUGCGAGCCUUCUACGUGGAGAAGAUAAAGCUGCGGCUCUACCUCCUCAUCGGCUGGGGUGUGCCCGUGGCGGUGACGGUGCUGUGGGCAUGCGCGAGGGUGGCAGAGGACAUACCUGGGCAGGAAGAUGCCGGCGGUGGAAGGUGGAAGGUGUGGCAUCUGACAUGUCCGUGGGUGCAGGAGUCGACCCUGGAUUGGCUGCAUCGCGCGCCCGUGCUGCUCGUGCUCGCCCUCAACACCUUCUUCCUCACACACGUUAUGCUGGUCCUAGUGAAGAAGCUACGGUCAACCAACGCCCAGGAGGUGCAGCCUGGGCUGAAGCUUUGGCUGAGGGCAUUUCGCUCCCUGCUGGUGCUGAUGCCAUUGCUGGGCACGCCCUACGUCCUCCUCCUGUUAGCACCCUCACGCGGCACUCUAGCUGUUGUCUUCGCCUACGCAAGAGCGAUCGUUCUGUCCACUCAGGGCCUGGUGGUCACGAUCAUCUACUGCUUCCUCAACUCCGAGGUGCAGGACUCCAUCAGCAACCACGUGGAGCGGUGGAAGAGCACGCGAGACAUGCCUCUCACCUGCACCGGCGCCCACCCCCUCAAGACUUUAGACCCCCUGGAGAACAAUACCGCCGGAGACUCGGACCGGGUGCUGGAUACGACUCUCGGCCCAACGCAAGCGGCAAAUUCAUCAGCCAGCUCAUCCUCGUCGGCGGAGGAGCAGCAAGAAGGGGGCACGCGGGGUGACGCGCUGCGGGUGGACCAGGACUUGCUGCCGCUAUUCCCUCCCGUCUUCCCUGUCUCCUCCCACUCGUCAACGUUUCGUCCUCAGGAUGUGAUGAAAUCGUUCGCCAGGGAAGGCUGCGGCUCUGUCUUGCAGGCCACCACUCACGCGCCUCGCCUCUUUGCUCUCGGUUCUGUGACCACUAACUUCUCAUCCAUUAACACACCUUCGCCGAUACGCGCCCCUAAGGUGCUACGCCAGACCACCAUCAGCAACCCCGAGGAGGUUGAGGGAGUCCAUGCGCAGGCCCUCGCCUCCUGCCUCAAGUGUUCCUCCUACCCGCAGCUGACUGACUCACAGCUGCACAUACUGACGCAGGAAGGACAUUCAGCUGGGCGACACACGUAAAUGUGAUCAGAAAGCUAUUAUCAAAAUAAAAUUUGUUUUUCGUUUUUCGUUUUU